CCAAAAAAGCGAAUUCCGUACCCAACCUUUAAGGCUGUGGCUCACAUUUCAGUUGGCCUGAGACCAAGUUUAGUUUUCCUUUGUACUUUGUCGUAAUUCAAACAAUUAAGUCUUGGUAGAGACAACAAGUGAGUGCUGGUGAGUUUAUUAUGCAGACAUAAGCAGAAGAACUGGGGUGACUUAGCUACCCGAGCGUUUCCCCUAUAUUUGUAGUUAGCAAAACGAUGAAACCAAAAUAACUAAUUUCUGUUGUGUGGUCAUCUAUAUCUUAACACACUUUUGAGUUAAAUGUAUACUUCCAAACAUCGGAUAGAUACGACCAAAAAGUAUUAAACGAAAAAAAAAAAAAAAGUGCAAUUACAAGGGCUUCGUUAUGGUGGUCCAUCCGUUUUUGUUUCUUUUUGGAAACUCCGUGAAGGUUCUGUUUGUUUGAGCGUUACCAUCCAAACCCUUCAUGUUUCUUAUGCUAUGCUAUGAGCAACAGUCAUUCAUCUUCGAAUCCAUAACUCCAUUAACCCUCUCCGAUUUCUGGAAACCUUAAUACGUUUAAAAUAGUAGAUUUUCCGUCGCUGGUCUUCACCACUGAGUUACCUUUAGCUGCUAAAUGUUAUUAAUGUUGAACAGCUCUCCGGUGAAGGACUGAGUGCUCUGAUGCUAACCUCAUCUCUGUGUAUCUUAUGUAGAUAGUGAGUCAAGUACGGGAUUGUUUCUCUUUAUUUGUCCCACGUUGACUUUACUUUUUCGUAUCAUAUAUUUCGGAGGACAACCCUGUUCUAAAUUAUAUGGUCUUUGGACAACCGUGAAUGGUCGUUUGAUGGCGCUAUUUCACUGAAUGCAAUACAUCAUAUAUUAUAUUACUGCUGAAGGAUGGACUGCUCUGGACUAAACGGAACUACAGAUACAGAUUUGAAAGGCCCAGAUGUGCAGUUUUAUUUUGAGGAUUCGGAAAGUGAAUUGGAGUUCAGUUUUAACCCUCAGGCCUACAGCUCCAAAAAGACCCAAAGGAACCCAUGGGAGCGAUCCCCCCCCUUGGUCCUGGCCUUCCCCCUCUCCACGGGUCCUGGUGACUCGGGAAAGAGCCUCACCUCUGAUCUAGACCAAAUCACAGAUGAAGACCUGGAGCGUGACUCUCCUGACGAGCCCGUUGAGGACUGGAUGGUCCUUGGAGGAGCGGCUCAGGAGGGGGAUGGAGACAUCCAGCUCAACGUCGGCUACUGGAGAGGCAGCAGCUCCGACGGAUCUGAUGUCGAAUGUCCGAAAUCUGACGAGCAUUCCUGGGCUGUUCUGGAAAGAGAUAAGUCUGGGACCGACCGGUCGGUACUGAGAUACUACUCUGCCCCUAAACGCGCAGUCACCUGUCGCCAGUGCAACCAGAGGGGACACCUGGCCCGGGCCUGCCCCCGCCACAAGCGACGGGCUGCCUGCUCGCUGUGCGGCAUGCAGGGCCACCGCCACCGAAGUUGCCCCCGCCGCCACUGCCCCAGCUGCAGUCUGCCCCCACACGGCCACGCACCCUGCCCACAGCGCCCUGUGUGGGACCAGCACUGUCUGCGCUGUGGGAUGUCCGGACACCUGGCCGAUGCCUGCCCGGAUACAUGGAGACAGUUCCAUUCCACAGUCAGCGCUGAGGCCCCGCUCAAGCCAGAGAUGGGCUGCGCUUCUCAAGACACGGACCUCUCUGCUCACUGCUACAACUGCUCACGGAGCGGCCAUUACGGCUACGAGUGUGUGAAGAGGAGGAUGAGGAGCGGGACGUUCCCGUCAGUGCCAUACGUCUGCCGCUACGACGUGGGGGGGGAGGGGGGCCAACCUUCUGCCCGGGAGCAGAGGAGGGCCCGAGAGCUCCGGGACACACUGUCGCUGCCGCUAUCGGAGCACCUGCACUACGGAAAACCCACCAGGGUGGGAGAGUCUCACCACCGGCCCGCCCAGAGCCGGGCCGCCCCGGGGAGGAGGGAGCGCCUGAGGGGCCAGCCCAGGGAGAGCAGGAGGGUGAAGGCGGAACGACAGCAGGAACGCCAGGAGCUGAAGAAGCUCCGAAGGCAGACUGAGGCCAGGAGAGAGGGAGGCCCGCAUGGAGCAGGCAGGGCGGGGGUGGGGGGCGAUGGCAGGAAGCCCCUCUCCCACCAACGCCAGGUGCCCCCGCCACACCUGCCUCUGAAGAGGAGGAGGCGGGGGGAGGAGGAGGGCUGCGGAGUGAAGGCCGUGGAAGGGGCCCGGAGCAGGAAGAGCCGGGAGGCUGAGCGCUGGAAGAAGAGGAGGGGGAUGCGGCGCGGGUUCCUAUUCCCACACGGAGACCUCGGAGCGACGGACGAGAACCUGCUGUCCCCCAAGAACCGAGCGCGCCAGCGCAAGAGAUGAGCUCAGGAGAUGCCCAAGAUCCAUCAGUAUGGAAUAGAUUUAGUAUAUUUAUAUAGUACUCUAAUUAAUAAGGAUGAUUGAUUGAUCAAACUUUUCUAUUUUGCCAGUUUUGAAUGGUGAACUUUGUAUUGUCCACAUUGGAACCACAGGGCCUGAUGUCUGUCCUACAAUUUGCCAAAUGUCAGUUUUACCGUACUGUACUUUUAUUAGAUGCGUUAUGCUGUGUAUUUAUUUGCAGUGCAAUUACUGUGAUCAAUUCACAUAACAUGGGUAGAUUUAAAUAUCAAUUAAACUAACAGAGGAUUUCACUGAUUGUUAUUAUAAAUUACAAUCGGUACGGCGAUAAGUCUUUGGAGUAAUUUGACGAAGAAAAUGUUUAUGUCUGAGGUAAUGCAUGUUGAGAAUAAAGAAAUUAAAUGAAAA